AUGGAGAGGCAUUUGAAAGUCUUACACGAAUCUCCUCUUCUCAUUCCCCGCAUUCUCCACACCGUCGUUGGCACCGGCCUCUUGGGGUUCUUUCUGAAACUCUACAAACCAAGCGAGUCCAAUGCGCUCUUCGAUGGUGCCUCUUUGGUUCUGUACAUGGUUGCGCUGAUCAUUUAUCUUGCCAACACCAUUCCAGGAUUGAGGGAGGUGACCUCGGGCAGUUACGACAUGGAAAUAGUUGGCGGUGAGGGCGCAAUUGGUAAUAAAGACAUAAAGCCCGGAGAGGAAAAACCAUUAGGCAAGGCAGACAGCUUACGAGUGCUUGCGGCAAGUAACACGAUUCAAGCCUUGGUUCUGCUUGGCGUAUUGGUGCUGCAAGCAGGACAGUGGUAUGCAGAUCGAAAGCAGCGGGAAGAAAUGGAGGAGAGUGCUAAGGAAAGAGAGACCAGAGCUGGAAAGAGCGAGGGUGGAAAACAUAGAAGUCCAGUCGGCAAGAAGAAAGUGUGA